AUGAAGAGCGGAAGCGAGAUUUCCUCCUCUCAGUCGUUAAAAAACAGCGGAAGCGAUGGCUUCUUUAACACGUCCCUAAUGUAUGUAUUGGCCGCCUGCCUGGCGUCAUUCCUCUUUGGUUACCAAGUUAGUGUGUUGAAUACAAUCAAGGAUUUCAUCGUAAUUGAAUUCGGAUGGUGCCCAGAAAACGCAGUGAGCUGUGAUGGAAGCACGUUGAAGAGUUCGUUCCUGUUGGCAUCGGUCUUUAUAGGUGCCGUGGUUGGAAGUGGAUUUUCGGGCUACCUAGUUCAGUAUGGAAGAAGAUUUUCCCUAUUAGUCAUAUACAACUUUUUUAUUCUGGUGAGUAUAUUGACAUCGAUUACGCAUCACUUCCACACCAUUUUGUUUUCACGUCUUCUGAGCGGAUUUGGUAUAGGACUAAUCACGGUCAGUGUACCCAUGUACAUCUCCGAGAUGACCCACAAGGAUAAAAAGGGAGCCUAUGGAGUCCUGCACCAGUUGUUUAUUACCUUUGGCAUAUUCAUAGCAGUGCUAUUAGGAAUGGCUAUGGGGGAUGUACCAGAAAAAAAAGUUGAACCGCUAUCUUUGGGAAAUUUCCAGCAGAUAUGGUGGAGACUUAUGUUUUUUUUCCCAUGCAUUAUUUCUAUUCUGGGCAUCGUUCUGCUGACCUUUUUUUUUAAAGAGGAGACUCCGUACUACUUAUUUGAGAAUGGAAAGGUAGAAGAGUCGAAGAAAAUUUUAAAAAAGAUAUACGGAAGUGAUAAUGUGGAUGAACCUUUGAAGGCAAUUAAAGAUGCAGUGGAACAGAACGAGGCAGCGAAGAAAAAUUCCAUUUCGUUAAUGACAGCAAUGAAGAUUCCUUCCUACCGCUAUGUCAUCCUGCUGGGUUGUAUACUCUCCGGUCUGCAGCAGUUCACGGGUAUAAACGUCUUGGUGUCCAAUUCGAACGAACUGUACAAAGGAUUUCUAGACAAAGGAAUGAUAACGACCCUAAGUGUGAUAAUGACAGUAGUUAACUUUUUAAUGACCUUUCCAGCGAUCUACAUUGUAGAAAAGUUAGGAAGAAAGACUCUGCUCCUUUGUGGUUGUGCAGGAAUUGUUUGUGCCUUCUUACCUACUGCCAUAGCUAAUCAGAUUGAUAGCACGUCCGAAAUUGUGAAGAAUCUUUCCAUUGCUGCAACUUUCGUGAUGAUAGUUUCGUUUGCCGUUUCAUACGGACCCGUAUUGUGGAUUUAUCUACACGAAAUGUUUCCCUCAGAAAUUAAGGACAGCGCAGCGAGCUUGGCUUCUUUGGUCAACUGGAUGUGUGCUAUCAUAGUGGUGUUUCCAUCUGAUAUAAUUAUUAAGAAGUCGCCCAAUAUUCUGUUUUUCAUUUUCUCCGGUAUGUCGAUUUUGGCCUUCUUUUUCAUCUUUUUCUUCAUUAAGGAGACAAAGGGCGGCGAGAUUGGCACAAGUCCAUACAUCACCCUAGAGGAGAGACAGAAGCACAUGGGCAAGUCGGUCGUAUGA